UUCCAGCCGCAUCUAGUACGUUCCAUCCCAAUUCCCAAACCAUCUCUUCAGAAUCCCAAAACAGUCUCCUCCCUCGCCACCGCCGCCUCGCCUCGCCUCUCCUCCUCUGCCUCGCAAGCGAAACCCUAGGUUAGAGCCUUAGGGGACGGGAGCCCCGCCCCGCGCGGAGCCAUGGACGCCAUCCGGAAGCAGCUCGACCAGCUCAUGGGCGCCAACCGCAACGGCGACGUGCGGGAGGUCAGCCGCAAGCACUACGACCGCGACGUCUGCCGCCUCUACCUCGCCGGCCUCUGCCCGCACGACCUCUUCCAACUCACCAAGAUGGACAUGGGGCCGUGCCCGAAGCUGCACUCGCUGCAACUGCGCAAGGAAUACGAGGAAGCCAAAGCCAAAGGUACAGACAACUAUGACCGUGAAUUGGAAGAAACUAUAGAAAGACUAAUUGUUGAGUGUGAAAGGAAGAUUCAAAGAGCCCUUAAGCGUUUGGAGGAGGAAGACGCUAAGGCAGCCAUUGCAAUUUCUGUCACUGAGGUUACACAGACUAAAGAAGUCAUGGAGUUAUCCAAACAAAUUAGGCAGAAGAUGAAGGAGAUCGACGCUUUUGAUCUUGAGGGUAACACUGAGGGAAAAAUUAGGGCCACUGAAGAAAUUGACAAGCUCAAAGAACAGAGGGCUGAAGAGCAGGCACAAAUGUUGCUUGAAGCGUUCAACAAAGACCGUGUUUCUUUAAUAAAUUCUCUUCAAAAUGCUGCUCAAUCAACGACACCUGCUCCUCCUGCUGCCCCAGAUGCACGAACACAAGAAAUGAUAAAUGAGAAACUGAAAAGGGCAGAAGAACUGGGAGAGAAUGGGAUGAUUGAUGAAGCUCAAAAACUGUUAGAUGAGGCAGAAGCUCUGAAGAAGCUGAGCGCUCGACCACAGCCUGUUCUGGACUCUGCAAAAAUGUCCGCUAACAUCCAGAUUACUGAUCAAAAGUUGCGACUGUGUGACAUAUGUGGAGCAUUCUUGAGCGUAUAUGACAGUGACCGGCGUCUGGCAGAUCAUUUUGGAGGGAAACUUCAUAUGGGUUAUAUGCUCAUACGUGAGAGGUUGUCUGAACUGCAGGAAGAAAAGAACAAAAAACGGAAGAUAGACCAAGCUGAGUAUGAUAGAAGGUCCAGGGAAAGGAGUCUGGAACGUGAGAGGGCUUCAAGCAGGGACCGCCAUAGAGGAGACCGGGGUAGCAGCCGUGACAGGGACAGGAAUUAUGACCGCAGAAGAAGCCAUGAUCGCUACCAUGACAGGGAAAGAGAGAGAGAAUCAGGGAGAUCUUGCAGUUAUGAUUCGAGGAGCCACCGUAGGUCACAUUCCCCAAGGGACAGUUCUAGGGAUUAUGAUCGAUAUAGGCGUCAUGACCAUCGAGAUCGGUACUAGAUGAAAGGCAUGUUCCUUGAAGUUGAGGGUUUUAGCAUGCACUGUAUCAUCCUUGGUGUCCCCGUUCGGGAAUUCCCACGGGGGGGACUUAUUUCGCCAUUACAUUGUGACUGGAGAAAGGCAUCUGCUUCUUUCUGGAGUAUAUGCAUUACAUUAUAACUAAGGGUUAGGAUCAGACAUAAUCUCUGUGUUAUCAUGUUAUAAUGUUAGCUGGUGUUUCUCGUGUAAAUUGGUCGUUGUUGUGUUUUCAGUGCGCAUUAAAAUUUAUCUUAAGCUGCCCUUGCGAAACCUUUGUUAACCGUUGAUGCUUUCUGGUAAGAAGUUUCUACCUGUAAGAACUCA